UUGGGCUGUAGGUGUCUCCCUCGCCCCGCCCUCCGGAAGCGCUGGGCACCCGGCGGGGGGGUGGGGACAAGAUGGCGGCCGCCGUGAGGCAGGAGCUGACCCAGCUGAUGAGCUCCAGCGGUUCCCACAAGGAUCUGGCCGGGAAGUAUCGUCAGAUAUUGGAAAAAGCUAUUCAGCUGUCAGGAGCUGAGCAGUUAGAAGCAUUAAAAGCUUUUGUUGAAGCAAUGGUGAACGAAAAUGUCAGCUUAGUGAUUUCACGGCAGUUACUGACAGACUUCUGUACCCACCUUCCAAGCCUUCCUGAUAGCACGGCCAAAGAGAUUUACCACUUCACCUUGGAAAAAAUCCAGCCUCGUGUUAUUUCCUUUGAGGAACAGGUCGCUUCUAUCAGGCAACAUCUUGCAUCGAUUUAUGAGAAGGAAGAAGACUGGAGGAAUGCUGCACAAGUGUUGGUGGGAAUUCCUUUGGAAACAGGCCAGAAGCAAUACAAUGUGGACUAUAAACUGGAAACCUAUCUGAAAAUUGCCCGGCUGUAUCUGGAGGAUGAUGAUCCUGUUCAGGCAGAGGCGUACAUCAACAGGGCGUCCCUCCUGCAGAAUGAAUCAACCAAUGAGCAGCUACAGAUCCACUAUAAGGUGUGUUACGCUCGGGUUCUCGACUACAGAAGGAAGUUCAUUGAAGCCGCCCAGAGAUAUAAUGAGCUGUCCUACAAGAGCAUCGUCCACGAAAGUGAACGAUUGGAGGCUCUGAAACAUGCUUUGCAUUGUACCAUCUUAGCAUCGGCAGGGCAGCAGCGUUCCCGAAUGCUAGCCACUCUGUUUAAGGAUGAACGGUGCCAGCAGCUUUCAGCCUAUGGGAUCCUGGAGAAAAUGUAUCUAGACAGGAUUAUCCGAGGGAAUCAGCUGCAAGAAUUUGCUGCAAUGCUCAUGCCGCAUCAGAAAGCAACAACAGCUGACGGUUCCAGUAUCUUGGACAGAGCUGUCAUUGAACAUAAUUUAUUAUCUGCAAGCAAACUAUAUAACAACAUUACUUUUGAAGAACUUGGAGCAUUGUUAGAAAUCCCUGCAGCCAAGGCAGAAAAGAUUGCCUCCCAGAUGAUAACAGAAGGCCGCAUGAAUGGAUUUAUUGAUCAGAUAGAUGGAAUCGUUCACUUCGAAACUCGUGAAGCCUUGCCAACUUGGGACAAGCAGAUCCAGUCCCUUUGCUUCCAAGUGAACAAUCUUCUGGAGAAGAUCAGCCAGACUGCCCCAGAAUGGACAGCCCUGGCCAUGGAAGCUCAGAUGGCUCAGUAGGCUCUCCAAGCUUUAGAGAAGAAACAUUUAUAUUUAUGUCGUCUAAACAUGUGAAAGAGGCAUAAGGAACUGAACUUACUACUUUAUCUCAACAUACGGUAGAACCACGAAUAGGGAAAGCGUAGCGAGUGUAUAUGGUGAUUUCUAACUUUUUUUCUCUCAAAGGCGCAUUAGUCCAUUGUUUUUAAAGCUGUUUAAAACAACCAGAAGCGUGUUUUGUUAUUAAUUUCAGUUGCUUAGUGGCCUUGUGAAUAUUUUUGUGUUGUGAAAACUGAAGUGAUGUAUUCUCUUUUGUUAUAGCUGUUCCAAUAAAGACAAGUUGGGCGUUAAUGAAACAGUA